GAAAAAGCUGAUCAAAAGACGAGAAGAGAGCGAGAGAGACGAGGAGGUGGCAGCUGCAUGUGAAAGGAGCAGAAUUUGGAGUUCUUCCAUGGCCGCCACGCUUCAAUUUCACUCUCUCCUUUUGCAUGCCCGCCACGAACCCAUUCAUCUUUUCCAAAUUCCAACAAACCCAUUAAUAAAUUAAUCCAUUUCACUGUUCCAGUCCCCCCAUUUCUCUAUUUCUAUGAUUAAAUAAACUGGCAAUGUCAGGAGCUCAGGGCGCGCAGCCGAAGGAGUCGUUCACGGCCACCACUUACGAGUCCGUCCCCGGCGGAGAGAAUCGAACCAAGACCGAUCUCCGUUCCCGGGAGGACGCCGGAAUGAUCCAGAUCGAUAAGCUUCAGGACAAAGUGCAAGACGCCGCCGGGAAAGGCGGUCCGGUGUUUGGCGCCGGGAAAGAUGACAAAAAACAAGACCUUGGAGUUACGGGCACUGGAUAGUAUAAACUAUGAUAGUAAUUUACAAAUUUCGAGGUUUAAAUUUGAUCUUCACGUUCAUAUGUUUUUUGUAAUAUAAUAUAUGUUUGUUUAGGUCAUUGAUAUGACUUUUGUUGGUAAUUAAAGUGGUUUAUUGUCAUUUUAAAGAUUACGGGUGUGUGUCAUUCGUAGAGUCUCAAUUAAUCAAGGAUAUUAAUGUUACUUGGGUGAAUUUAAUCAAUUCG